AGAAAACUGAAAAGAAGGAAACGAAAGAUAGCGGUGGAAAAUUAAUCACAUUGUGGCCCGGUUGAUCAUGAUCAUGAUGCGUGUCCUUAAUGUUUUAGAAUCCUGCGGGGACAACCGCAAGGUUAAAUGACACGACCCGAGCAGGCAAUGCAACACGAGGCGCACCCUCUGUUUACGUGCAGCGAAGCAUUGCGCAACGGAAGCUAAUCGCUACACGAUCUAGGCGACCACUGGCCUCCUCGGGAUCGGUACGCGAUCGAGCUCCGGGAAAACACGCUAACGCACCCGUGAUGUGGUUUGGUGUAGAACCCGGGAAAGGGAAGGUGAUAAAUGUGUGUGACCCGGGUGUGGGACAUGGUAAAAUGGUUUUGCGGUCACCAUAAUAGUGAGAACAAUGCCAAGCACGUAUGUACAGCCACGAUAUGUGGGCCUUCUCUAGUGAUCCUCACAUUCGUGAUCAAGCCCGGGUGAGUGUGGCGCGUGGCCUCUAGCGUGGACUAGGCGUGUGUUUGACUGAAAAAAAAAGAAAACGUCUUAAUUGCGUUCCGCAAUUGCGGGGAAACAAUGGGAGACAAUUUCUGGGACAGCGGCGUACAACACAGAGAAGGACACGACCGAUGCCCCGCGAGAUAUGAUUUCUUCUCCACCGCAGAACGCAGUCCAGUGAAUAGAGACACCAGCUUCAAGGAUACAGUAGGCGAGAGGUUAGGCGUAGUGUUUCUUAUCGGUGGCCUUCUGAGAUUGGUAAUUCAAUUGAGACUUAACCACCGGAACCACCGGGGAACUGUUCUCCGUUUCCGUUUCCCCUUGUCCGAUCGUUCGUCCGGCGCCAGUGUCGCGUUCGCGCGCAAGAUAAUCGCAACAAUUUGACCUUGCAACGAUGAAGCGACGAUCACUGUCCGGUAACUGCGGUGUGGGGGUGUUUGUGAUCGCUCUCGUGACGGUGCUAGUCGCAUUCGCGACUCCGAGCUGGCUUGUGAGCGAUUAUCGCAUCACCGGGGCAAAGCUGGAUCGGCUCGGUCUAUGGACACAUUGCUUCCGAUCACUGCCGGACGUCAACGAUGACUACCAGCGCCGGUUCUUCGUCGGUUGUCGCUGGGUCUAUGAUCCGUUCACCACCGGUUACGACGAGAUCCGCGGAUUCCUCAUACCACCUUUUAUGGUAGCAACGCAGUUCUUUUACACUCUCUGUGCCAUUGGUGUCAUACUGGCGAUGGUGCUGGUGCUGCUGUACUUCCUAUGCGCCGGUCCAGAUCAGAAGUUUUUCGUCAAACUCAUUAAGGCUAUCAGCUACAUUACCCUGGCAGCGUCCGUUUGCGGUAGCAUAGGAGUGAUCGUCUUUGCCUGCUUCGGUAACAAGGAUAAGUGGAUGCCGGAGCAUGCCAACAAUUGGUUCGGUUGGUCCUUCAUUCUUGCCUGCAUCGGUGUCGUCGCGUGUGGCGUAACGUCUUCCCUGUUCUUUGCCGAAGCACACGUGCAGGCCCGAAAACGAAGGCAAUUAAAAGAAUCGCAAACCCAGUUCCAGAUGGAUAGUGAAUCGAAGGCUUAAAGAGACGAAUGAGAUAUUGGGCCGAAGCAAAACGAGGCCUGCGUUGCGGUGCCGCGCAGUAUAGGCGGCCGGCACAUUUUGUACUGUACAAUUGGCACUUUUUGUACAUCAUUCAAAGCACAGCGCGUCGCGAUUACGAUUUGCACAUCCCAACGAUUCGAAUCAACGCCGUUAUCCAUAAGAAGGGCAGCUGUUAACAUCGGGUUAGAUGUUUCAACUAGCAGUUUUAUGGCUUCACGAAGAAACGUCGUUUGCGAUAGCUUAUAAGAUACCAUUUUAAGGCAAUCUCAAUCAGCUGGCCGUCCACGAAAGUGCAGCAGAGUAGUUUUAAGCUGGAUUUCCGCAUUACUUCUUAAUGUCACAAAUCUUGGAAACCCUUCCGUCCACCUUUAGUUGUACUGUACUUUCAUUUCAUUUUAAUCGAGGAAAAACAAUAUCCACUCUUGAGCGUGGUGAAUGGAUGCUUUUAAUUAUUUUAAUUUCCUUAUCGUUAACAUUCCACAGAAACAACUGCAUACCAUUUUAUAACUGUUUGGACACUUUUUUACUACCAUCUUUGCUGAUAGGAGCUCAGCUUUCCUAUUUUUUUUUAAAAUAUUUUAUUGUUACGAUCGGUGACCGUACAGUGCCUCUAAAUGCUGCCUUAAAUAAGAUACAUAUCGAGUGGGCAUGAUGCAGGCUUAUCAAUCGUAUGUUCGAUUUCGUGUCGACGAUUCAAGGCUUGACUCCUGAACCAGUUUGUGCACACAAAAUCCAUUUUAGAUACAACGAACGUGAAACAGCAAUGGCCUUAAAUCAUAUCAUCCAAAUCCCCUGCAAAGAGCAACUUUACAAUCAAAUUCGUUAGUCAUUGAUUGACGGCAACAUAUGAAAUGGAAUGUGUUCAGAGGCGGGUGUUUUUAAUCAUAAAUGAGAAAUAUUGACAAAUAUACUUAUAAAAAC